CCUUGACAUUGUCUGAACUUCCCAAAUUGAAAGAGAUAUGGAGUUCUCAAUUCCCCUUAGAUGUGAGCAACUUAAAAUUUCUGAAAGUAGAGGAUUGCACUUUCCUCUUGAGCAUCAUCCCAUCAAAUAUACUACUGAAGCUGCGGAAUUUGGAAGCCAUAACCAUUGAAAGAUGUCACUUAAUACGAGAAGUAUUCGACCUUGAAGGACUGAUAGCCAGUGACAAUGUCAAGAUUCUAUCACGAUUGACCAAAGUAACUUUAAGUGACUUACCAAGUAUGGGAUGUAUAUGGAACAAGAAUCCAAGAACAUUGUGUUUCCAAAAUCUAAGGUCACUGAAGGUGCAAAAUUGUGAGAAAUUGAGGUUUCUUUUUUCUUCUUCCAUGGCUAAAGGACUCGGGCAAAUAAAAGAAAUUGAAAUAGUGACUUGUAAAUUGAUGGAGGAAAUUAUGGAUGCACAAGAAGAAGAGUCCGAGGAAGAUGCAACCACCAACACUUUAGAGUUCCCUCUAUUAACUUCCUUGUCUCUUGAGAAAUUGCCAAAUCUCAUGACAUUCUCUUAUGGGAAGUGCUAUAUUUCCUGUCCAUCCCUAACAAGACUGAGAAUAUCUGGAUGCCCCAAAAUGAUGACAUUCUCUUUAUUCGAAGGAAAGCAAUAGUUGAUGACAGCCGAUACAGGCUUACAACAAGCAUUCGGUUGUAUCAACUCUGGCUUGUCUUUGCCCGUCUUCUUCAAUCAAAAGGUUCUUUUUCUGAGGUUGGAGGAUUUGAUGCUCUUGUCGUUGGGCGGGUUGAGAAGGAUAUGGCACGAUGAACUCCCUGAAGGAUCAUUCUGCAAACUAGCAACCAUCACCGUUGGAGAUUGUGAAAAUCUAUGUAAUAUUUUUCCAUCAAAUUUAAUAGAGAGGUUCCAAAGCCUGAAAAUGAUUGAGGUGGUCAGGUGUGCCUCUUUGAAAGCAUUAAUGGAACAUGUUGCUGUCAAAACUAAGAAAAUGCAACAACAUCUGGUCUUCUCAGACUUAAAAGAAUUGAAGUUAUGGCACCUGCCGAGGUUGAACGCAGUUGUGACUAGCAGCACCAAACUAACGCUGGGUCUUCCUAGCUUGACUAAUGUUAGCUUGCAUUGUUGCCCCAAUUUGAGAUGUCUCUUCACAAAUGGCACUGCUAGAACUCUUGAUAAACUUGAGAUCCUAGAUGUUUCUGAUUGCAAUAACAUGCGGGAAAUAGUUGCCGUAGAAGAUGGUGAAGAGCGAAAGUUGAAGGUGGUGAAGUUCUCUCAUUUACGUACAGUGAAGCUUUGUUCCCUUAAGAGCUUGAUUACUUUCAGCUCAGAAAGUUGUGCAUACGAGUUUCCAUCCCUAAAAUAUCUCUCAAUUCUAGAGUGCACUGAGCUCAAGGCAUUCAUGUUAAGGCCGUCAGUGCCAAGUUUGGAGAUGUCGAAUGAGGCAGCUACCGGUUUUGAUGAUGCUCCAUAUUCUUUAUUUGACGAUAAGGUUUUCCUCUUUCCAUUCUCUUAG